AUGGAUGAGAAUGGUGAAAGGCGUGUGAUGUUGUUUGGCGUGAACAUCGCAGCAAAACGUGCUAAAGUCAAUGAUUCCGUGAACGAUAGUUUCAACACUGAGGAUGAUAAUCAGAAUGAGAUGGAGAUUUGUUCUUUUGAUAAACCGGAGGAUGAAAGUGAUGAUGAGAAGAAUGAAAAUCCAGAUUCUGGUCAAAGUUCUAACCAGGAAAACCGAAAAAAAGUGAAACAAUGGACAAAGAAUGAACACAAGGCGUUUUUGGUAGGUUUACAAACUGCUGGGAGAGGUAAAUGGAAGGAUAUAUCAAGGAACUAUGUCAAGACCAAGACUUCUACUCAAGUUGCCAGUCAUGCUCAAAAGAUUAUGAAGAUUCAGAAACUCCGAGUCCUUCUCCUUCGCGGAAACCAUCCCCCAGCAACUCUAUUUAGAGUAUUCAUUUGCAGAGCAUUCUUAAGGUCUCAAGAAUACACAAAACUCAACAUGUGUAAGGUGAAGGAAGUCAUUAUACGUCAAGUCUGGACAUAUAAUUUGGAGUAUGAGGUCAAUCUCAUACAUCAAGCUAUCCAUCAACAUCCUAUGGUCUCAAUCGACACCGAAUUUUCCGGUGUAAUUCAUUCACCAAAAAUUGAUCGACACUAUGUUCAACCCUCUAACAACUACUACUACUUGAAGGAAAAUGUUGAUGCUCUUAAACUCAUCCAAUUUGGUCCCACCCUUACCGACUUUAAGAAAAAUCUUCCUGAUUUUGGAAGCAAUAACAACUACAUUUGA